AUGAGUGUUAAAUCCGCGCCAAAAAUGUCUCAGCGUGAGAAAUUCGAAUUAAUUAAUUCGGAAGUGCGAUCUUUUUACGAGUAUUGUAAAGAGGCUGGGAUGAGUGAUGAAGAGAUGGAUAUUAUAUGUCGCCCCUUGACGAAUGCUGUACGCAAGGCAUCUAUUAAAAGAUGGACAAGAGUAUUUUUAAUCCUGGUUAUGAUAUUGGCUAUCGGUUACACCGUAAGUCAAACCGAUACUUUUCAAUGGCAUGCUACGGCUAUUGCUAGAAUAACAUUGAUCAAGCUGCUACCAAUAUGGGACUGGACGCCUUUGUAUUAUAAUAAGUGUCUAAUCGAGAGAUCUCAGCCGCAAAAUCUUGAAAAUGAUAUCGUAUCUCCAACUGAUUGUAUUACAUGUGAAGCUGUCAAAUAUAUAGCUCGUAUAUCUGAUACCAAUUAUAAUGAGGUUUUCAACCAUCAUCUGCUUCGUGGCGCGCCUGUGAUCGUAACAGAUGCAUACUACGACUGGUCUGUGUCCGAAUUGAACCUUACUACCCUUAUUAGCAAUGAUGACAGGCUCCGAGACUCUGUACCAUGCAGGAUCCUCACAAACAUAAGGAUUGGUAAACAACCCAUGGAUUUAGAGGAAAUAGUUUCUAGAAUAACCAAUACUGACAUACCGAGUUGGUUCGUGCACUUUCAAAAUUGCGAUAUACGAGCAGUUAAAUCGUUCCGAAUCUUAGCUCCUAGACCCUACUUUCUGUCCCCCCACAUCCCCCCAUCCCAUUUUAACUGGUUGCUACUGUCCAAAAACUAUGACACACAUAGAUACAAGUAUUUAGAACUAGAUAUAGGUUUAAUUAUCAUGUCUCAACUUAAAGGGAACACGUAUAUCCAGUUAAAACCUAGAGCGCCCUGUGAAGACGUGUGUUAUAUGUUGAAUGUACAAUUGAAUGAGGGGGAAACCCUAGUAUUGAGCAAUUCUCUAUGGGAAAUGAAUUAUUUGCCAGGGAAAGGAGAAAAUAUAGCUAUGAUAACUGAAACCGAUUGGUUCGAAUCA